AUGGGGAAAAACCAAGGGUACAAGGCUAUGCAGAGAGCCAGAGUUGGCUCCAGCUCCGCCGGACCGGACGAGAUCGAAGACGGCAUGGUGGAUGGUUCGUAUCAUACACCAGAGUGGCAUGCUGCUCGUUUGGCCAGUCUCAAGACUACACACACCAUUACUUGGGAAGAAUAUAAGCAGAAGCAAAAGGAAGAAGAGCUGAAAAAGGGGGAACUAGAAGCAGAUACGGAUAAAUUGAUGCGUGAGUAUAGAGCUCAGCUGGAUGCUGAAAGGGCGAUGAAGCUCUCUAAGGGAAGGAACUAUCCUAGCGAGAAAUCCAGAAAAGAUAAGAAGGAGAGGGAUUACACAGAUAGAAAGGACAGAGAUUCGAAGAAGAAGAAAAGCAAAAAGAGAAAGGUGCAACAACUACAUCGAGUUUACAUUCGAGAAGGCGAUCGUCUGACUCAAGCUCAUCCUCCGAAUCAUCAAGUAGCGACGAAGAGGAAUCUAGGAGUUCAAGGUCAAGUUCUAAAAGAUCCAAAAGGGAGAAGAAACACAAGUCUAGAGGCAGACACUCAAGCCAAAGUAAAGAUGAGGCUGACGGUCCUGUGCCGUUGUCGAAAUUCUUUGGCAGUCUUUAAGAGUUAA